AUAAAAGCCUAGUAUAAACACACUGCCAAUAUCUGAAACUAAGCGAUCAAAUUUAUUAAUGCGUAGUUGACAUUAUUGGACUGCAUUUUAGUUAUCAGAUCUUAUUCUAAUAUCACAUUGAUUAUAAAAUUAUACAAACACGAAAAACAAUAUUGUAGGACUAUUGCGUGAUAAUAAUUCAGACUUGGGCCAAUUUAAUAUUAUAAGUGAGAUUAAAAGAAUUUGAAGCCGUCUUAAGAUUAUUGUCGUAGCUUGGAGAGAGGAAUUGUUUCAUAUAAAAGGAAAAAGUGUCAUAGGAACGACAUUGAAGUUCUUAGCCGUGGAUGAAUAAUACUGCUUUUACGUGAAUUGUUCCUAAACGUGCGCUGGAAGACAUUCUGAUACGGUUGAAGUUGAUAAUGUUUUAGAAAAGGUGCUAAUCACAUAUUAUAAACAAGAAAAACUUUUGAUGACAACAAGUAGAUUAAACAGUGAAAGAUAAAGCUUAGCAAGAAAACUCGGGCUACCAUCUGAAAUUUUAACAUAAACAGGCUGAAAGUUUGAAGACGGGAACAUAGUUAAUAACUUGAAACCGGCACAAAGAUUCGAAUAAAACUACAAUGACAUCAAAGAAAGAAGAGAACAACUCACAUGGUGACGAACUAAGGUGCGGACAAUGUCAUAAACCAUAUCGCGACCCUCGUCUGCUUAAUUGUUUGCAUUCUUUUUGCAUGGAGUGCGUGCAAGAGCACGUGACAAAGAAUAAAUGGAAGAGGAGUUUGUUGUGCCCACUGUGUCAGAAAGAGAUGCUUAUUCCGAAAGAUGGUCUCAGCACAAUCGCGAGGGACUUCUAUAUAAAAGCGAGACAAGAGGUCGGAAAACUGACACCAACGUCAGAAUGUGAUAUGUGCCAAGAAAAGGAGUUCGCACAGAGCAGGUGUCUUAACUGCGACGUUAAUUUGUGCAGAACGUGUAAGGAAAAACAUUGUAGCCCUGAAUCGGACCAAGUUCACCAUUUUCUGGAAUUUGUAGAGCAACCAGUAGUUACUCAAAGCAAACCACACCCUUCUACAAAGCUUACUCAGAUGAGCUAUUGUAACAAACAUCCUGAUCAAGAAAUAAGUAUAUUUUGCACAAAAUGUAAAAUCAAUAUAUGUGCGAACUGCAAGGAAGAAAAGCACGGUGCUCAUGCAGUACAAGAAACAGCAAACAUGGCGAAAUCGAUCAGAGGUUCCCUUACUCAUUUCCUAGGCGCUAUUAAGGAAUACCUUCCAGAAUUUGAGGAGUUUGUUAAACAGGUCAGAAAAGGACAGAAGGAACUUGAUAAGGACUUAGACAAUACCAUAAAAGAUAUUCAAGCCAGAUCAAAAUUUCUUCAGAGAGAAAUCGAGAAGAUUAGUCAACAAGUUAUCAGUGAAGUGAAGGAAAAACAUAAAGCCGAGUCUGACGAUUUGAACAAAGAAGCCAAAAAUAUAAUAAAUUCCUACAAAUCGAUUGCCACGGUUGCAGCGUCGGCGGAAAGAAUUCUGAAGAUAGGGAGUGAUAUCAAUGUAAUCGAGUCCUCCAAACGUAUCCAGAAAAGAUUCAUGCAAGUGGAGGACGAGCUCCCGUCGUUAUCACGAGACAGUGUAGCGACAGUUGGUUUCGUACCUGGAGGAUUAAAAGCCGAUUCUUUACCCAAAAUGUUUGGUCAGAUUUCAAAAGGAGAGAUUGCACUACCGACUUUACCAGUGCCGUGGGGAAUUCGCGUUGCCAAAGAGUUUGAAAUGUGCUCCAUAGGUGGGUUCAAAGUUAAAAGUGCGGCAGAUACAGUGCAAGCAAUAGCUCCAAUUUCCGACACAGAGGCUUGGAUUUGCUCCGGUUGGGGUUCAAAGGAUGUAUAUUUAUAUUCAAUCACAGGCGAAAGAAAGAAAAAAGUUACUCUGGACAUUCAGGUAGACCACAUGUGUGUCACGCCAUCUGGCGAGAUUCUCGUGUCUAGCUACGAGGACAAGUAUAUUCGCAAAAUAAACAAAGAGCAUGUCGUUUGUGACUUCGCUAUACCUCACCUUUAUCCUGGCGGAAUGGUCAUGACAAAACGGAAAGAACUUUUUGUAUGUGCGGUGGACAGCUAUACUACGCGACGUGCAUCACACUCAUAUAGAUGCCUAAUGAAAAUGUCUGAAUAUGGGAUGAACAUCGAUGAAAUCGAUGAAGACGGGGAUACAGUAUUGUUUGGAGCUCCUUAUCGAAUUGCUGAAGCACCAAACCGUGAUUUAUGCAUCACCGAUAGAGAGGAAGGAAAGUUGCGAGUUAUCAGGAUAGACCAAGAGGGAUGCCUUAAGUUUGUUUAUACUGGUCCUAAAGAGGUUAAGACAAAGCAACCAUUCAACCCAUUAGGUCUGUGUUGUGACAGGGGAAAUAACCUUCUAAUCUCUGAUUGGGGAAAUCAUUGUGUACACAUGGUGAAUGGUGAUGGACAAUUUUUAGGUUUUAUUCUGUCUCAGAAAGACGGACUUUUUAAGCCUAAUGCAAUGUCGUUAGACAAGCUGGGGAACCUUUGGAUAGGGGAUGGAAACGCUACCGUCCGUGUAUAUAAAUACGGCAAGCGUGAUUAUUAACGUGGAAACUAGUGUAAAGUAAUUAAAAUGUGUAUCAGAUAUUAAUCUAUUAACGUUUACAACACCUAAUAGCAAACAAAGCGUUGUUCUCGUGUUUUGAGUCACUAUAAGGGAUAAUAUUUGACAAAUGUUGCUAUAUGUCUAUGAAUGUACGAUACGAUAGAUAAGUUGUAUUUACCAUCGUUCUCAUCGGUAACUAAACAAUUACACAUUCGGUGCUUGAGGAUUAUAUGUCAGGUCAUUGUUUUAUGCGCUUUUCAUGUAAUGUCUAAAAUAGUGUAGUUAAGUAGUAAAAAGUCUUUAUAACUUCAGAUGCAUAUUUUAUUUUUAGUAAAAGAGAGCAGAUAAAAUAUCCAUUCUAUUGUAUUAAUGUUACCAGUUGUUGUUAGCAGUUAAAUGCCAUUAAAAUGAAUAAUAGACGUUUUGAUUUUUAAAUCCUUUCCACCAACAUUUUGUCAGUAACACUGAGCACACAAUGUAUUAUACCGUUGUUUUGAUUGUGUUAAUACUUUGAGUUCCAACAUAUUUGUUAAUUCGUCAAGACCAUACAAAUGUUUGUUCUGGCGAUUUUGAAUUUUGUCCGAGUUUAAAACAAGUUCCAUUCAGUUUUUAGAGUAAAAAUGGACAUCGAAAUUAUUGCAUUUUUACAUAAUGACCUUUUGUUGUGUUUCGAGGAGAUAAUUCCUAAGGCUAUUCAGUUUUGUACCAUUAUACCAUUUUUUUCUCAAACGUACGAUGAGGGUUAUUGCUGAGGUAGUAAAAGCGAAAAUAAAAAAAAAUUAAGAAAAAUAACGUUCAGUGCACUGUGUAAGGGAAGUAAUACCUGCACCGUAAUGUUUUUUGAUGAUACAAGUUACCUUCCCUAUUUGCUCACAUACCGGUGGUAAGACUAUAUAAUACUGCUCUAUGAUAUCAAUACGGUGAUUUUAUUGUAAAACAACGUUUCAAUGUUGUAACUUAAUCAUUAACUUUCUUGUUUUUAUUUUUUCUCUCGAAUGUUAUUGAUAAAUGCCGUUCAAAAUGUAAAAUAAAUCGGUUUGCUUUUGA